CCUGCAGCCUCCCACCCUCUGUCCAGGGCUGCAACCCAGCUCUGCCGGCAGCAGAGACUAGAAGGGCCUAGGGCCUCCGAGGGACAGAGGCAGGGACGCCGAGACACCAAAGCUGUGCCAUCCCUCCAGUUCUUUCCAGAUCCCAAGAAGUCAGAGAAGGUGCUUCAGGGUGGGUUCCGGAAGCCGUCCAUCUCACCCCAGCUCCCAGCACCCAUCAGUCUCCUGCUCCACCUGCAGCUCCAUGUCCCAGGCAUCUACCACGCUGGAGAGCGGGGCAUUGCUCUCAGGACCCCGGGGUCUUCGGCAUGGCAGUCCAGCUGACAGGAAGGAGAAGGCUGCAGCAAUGCCAGACUCUCCGGCUGAAGUGAAGACGCAGCCCCGGUCCACACCCCCCAGCAUGCCACCCCCACCUCCCACCGCAUCCCAGGGAGCUACACGACCACCCUCCUUCACACCCCACACACAUGGCGAGGAUGGACCUGCGACGUCUCUGCCCCAUGGCCGUUUCCACGGCUGCUUAAAGUGGUCCAUGGUCUGUCUCUUGAUGAACGGCAGCAGCCACUCACCUACGGCCAUCCAUGGUGCGCCAUCUACACCCAAUGGCUUCAGCAAUGGCCCAGCCACCUCAUCUACUGCCUCGCUGUCCACACAACACCUGCCCCCAGCAUGUGGGGCACGGCAGCUCAGCAAGCUCAAACGUUUCCUCACCACCCUGCAGCAGUUUGGCAGUGACAUCUCGCCUGAGAUUGGGGAACGUGUUCACACACUGGUGCUGGGGCUGGUGAACUCAACUCUGACGAUCGAAGAAUUUCAUUCCAAGCUCCAAGAAGCCACCAACUUCCCGUUGCGGCCAUUCGUCAUCCCCUUUCUGAAGGCCAAUCUCCCACUGCUGCAGCGAGAGCUCCUGCACUGUGCCCGCCUGGCCAAGCAGACGCCUGCCCAGUACCUGGCCCAGCAUGAACAACUCCUGCUGGACGCCAGUGCCACCUCCCCUGUCGACUCUUCCGAGCUCCUGCUGGAAGUCAAUGAGAACGGCAAGAGGAGGACACCUGACAGGACCAAAGAGAAUGGGUCAGACCGGGACCCUCUGCACCCCGACCACCUCAGUAAGCGGUCCUGCACCCUGAGCCCAGCCCAGCGCAGCAGUCCCAGCAAUGGGCUGCCCCACCCUACACCACCCCCGCCCCCACACUAUCGCCUCGAGGACAUGGCCAUGGCCCACCACUUCCGGGACUCCUACCGACAUCCUGAUCCCCGAGAGCUGCGGGAGCGCCAUCGGCCCCUCGCCAUGCCUGGGUCUCGACAAGAAGAAGUGAUUGACCACAGGCUCACAGAACGUGAGUGGGCAGAAGAGUGGAAACAUCUCAACAGUCUCCUGAACUGCAUCAUGGAUAUGGUGGAGAAAACACGGCGAUCCCUCACUGUUCUGCGACGGUGCCAGGAGGCCGACCGUGAAGAACUCAACCACUGGAUCCGGUGCUACAGCGACUCCGAGGAAGGGAAGAAGGGCCCCACCCCCGCCUCUGCCCGGCCCCUCAACAGCUGCAGUGGCCCUGAGGGGUCUCAGCUAGAUGUUCACCGGGACUUCAUGCCCAGGACCCUCUCUGGCUAUAUGCCUGAGGAGAUCUGGAGGAAGGCUGAAGAAGCCGUGAAUGAGGUGAAGCGCCAGGCGAUGUCAGAGCUACAGAAAGCUGUGUCUGAUGCAGAGCGCAAAGCCCAUGAACUCAUCACCACAGAGCGUGCCAAGAUGGAGCGAGCCCUGGCUGAGGCCAAGCGGCAGGCCUCAGAGGAUGCCCUGACUGUCAUCAACCAGCAAGAGGACUCCAGCGAGAGCUGCUGGAACUGCGGGCGCAAGGCCAGUGAGACUUGCAGCGGUUGUAAUGCAGCACGCUACUGCGGGUCCUUCUGUCAGCACAAGGACUGGGAGAAGCAUCAUCAUGUUUGCGGCCAGAGUCUGCAGGGCCCCGCAGCGGCAGUGGCUGACCCGCUGCCUGGACAGCCUGACGCCACUGCCAGCCCCAGUGAAGCCGGCUCAGCAGGGCCCUCUCGCCCCUGCUCUCCGGGCCCACCCGGCCCCCUGGACGCCGCCGUGCCCCGCUGACCUCCAGACCUGACGCCCAGCCCAUGGACGCCAUGCCCUGCCAACCUCCUGGCCCCACCUUGGCCCACCAGAUGCCUGGAGCAGGCCAGGUGGAGUCACUGCUGCUACUGCUUCUCUCCAAAAGAAAACACAGAUCCAACGACACUGCAUCCGUGCAGCCUCAGCUACCUGACAAGGUCUUGCCAGGACCUCCUACAGCCUCUCUUCACAAGCAUCCUCAGAAACCACUCUGGAGCUGCAGACAGUGGCGCCCGCGCCGCGGAGUAUGGCCAGUAUGGCCGGCGCUGCCGCUGUCUGCUCCCCUGUGUCUGUCUCUCUGUUCCUGUCCCUCUCUCUGUGUCUGCCUCUGUGGUUCUUGAUGUCCUGGUCUCCCUCUGUUUCCCUUACCCCGACUCUCCCUGUGUCUUUGACCCUCUCUGUCUUUGUAAAGUCCACAUGCUUUCUCUGGAAUCAGAGAAACCUAAUCGGUGGCUUUUCUUUUCAGUGAAGAACUUUUGGAGAUUUUGUUUUGUUGGCAAACAAGCUACUUAGAAAUGGACAGAGAACUGUGGGGUUCUCCCCACUCCUUAUUAGAAAGGGAAGAAACUGUGAUUUUCUAUCCGAGUUGCUGCCUCACCCAGCCAACCCCAGGGGGAUCGGCGCACACAGCAGAGAUGGUGAGAACAAUUUCGAUUUCCAACUCAAGAAGCAUUUUUUGGUUUCAGGUUUUAUUUCUUUUCUUUAAUGUCAAACUCUUUGGCUUUAAGUGAAAAAAAAAAUCCAAAAAGUUUUUUUUUAAGCAAAGGAAACAUACCUGUAAACUACCUUGCCAGCUAGCCAGCCAAGGAUGCCAGACACACCUCGCUCCAAAGGAAAUCCAAAAAAGCAAACUCAAGAAAUCAAAAUCCAAAAUUUAUUUUUAUCACUGCCAAAGUAUUUUUUCAUGGUCUUUCCAUUCCUGGGUUUGUUUGGAUGUUGGUCUUUUAUUUUGGUUUUGAUUUUAUUGGGGGGUGUUUGGUCACUGGGAUUUGGUGGGUUGGGCCAAGAAGAAGCCUUUUGUUCCUUUUUGACUAGUGGUCAGCAUCCUAGCUGCACAAAGGAGUCAGCGGCAAGGCCACGUGACCCUCAACACCAUAUCCAGAAGCCCCAGUCAGCAUGAGCCUGAGCGUUGUGUGCCCUAGGGCCAUGUCCGUGUGUCCCUAUAUGCAAGGGAGACACCUCCAUCUGUCCUCACACCUUCUGUGACUUCUCAUAACUCAUUUUCCACUUGUGAAAAAAAAAAAGUGCUAAAGUGUUCUUCCCAGAGAGAGCACAAUUCCUAAAUGAAACUGUGACAAUCUUUUGGGUUGAUUCUUGACUGCUUUUGAAAGCAUAAGGUGACAGCGAAUCACGCUUUCUCAGUUUUUCCUCCUCUACCUCUCUGCGCUCCCAUUCCCACCCCAGCUCCAUCUCAGCCCUGCCACCCCAUCCCCGGUGUCUUGCUGUGGCUACCGUCAUUUCUUUCAAACUUUUACAGAAAAAAAAAAAGGAAAAAAAAAAAACAAAAACAAACCCCACAUAAAAUCCAGCAGCCACCCUCACCUCACCUGGAAGACUCACGCCCAGCUGUGCAUAGCUCUCUGUGUUGCAUCCCCAGUGUUCGUCUCCAGCCCCGAGAGUGACGGUGAUGCUCGCCGCCCACCUGCACUCCAGCCCUUGCCCACCCUGCCCUCUGCCCGCUCGACUCCCUCAAGGACUCAAGGAGGAAAUGAAGGAAGGAGGCUCAUGCCUGUACCGAACAGAAAGACAGCAGACACAGUCCGGGUCUGCACCUAUGUGUGUGGCUGCAGUAAGCUGCAGGCCUAGCGUGCAAUAUGGGGGAACUGCUCCUGAACCCGGGCCCCCCCGGGGGCCCUGCCCAGAGCAAGGUGUGCAGCGUGUGUUAAUGUGAAUGUAAAUAGUCUCCACAGAGGUCCCAGCCACGGCGUCAGUACCGAGGAGAUGUUUGCCAAAUAAAAAGAAAUUAAGACAA